CGGAAUAAUGGCCAUAUUUCUGACGAAGGUUGGUGUGAUGUUGAAAACGAUCCCAAUGCCGCCGGACCGUGUGACCUCCGUUAUUGUCGUCUACCGGAUUGUUUUUGCUCUAAAGAUGGUACUCACAUACCAGGAUUUUUGGAUGUUCGAUCAGUGCCCCAAAUGAUUCUAUUAACAUUUGAUGGCCCCGUGAACUUUGAAAAUUGGGAGUUAUUUUCACAAACUCUUUUUAAGGGUAAUAGGCGGAAUCCUAACAAUUGUCCCAUUAAAGCUACAUUUUUUGUGCCAAAUUCUUACACAAAUUAUCAAUACGUUCAAAAGCUUUGGAAUAACGGUCAUGAAGUAGCAGUGCAGUCUGUUACGUACCGUAGUCCAGAGAUUUGGUGGUCAAAGAAUGCCACAAUUGAGGAUUGGUUUGAUGAGAUGGUAGGGCAAGCUAAUAUACUAAAUCGUUUUGCUAGCGUACGUAUGGAAGAGAUUAGGGGUAUGCGUGUUCCUUUUUUAAGAGUUGGUUGGAAUCGUCAAUUUCUAAUGAUGAAGGAGUUUGGUUUUGUGUAUGAUUCUUCCAUGGUUGCGCCUUUUUCUAAUACUCCUCUAUGGCCUUAUACAUUGGAUUAUAAAAUGCCUCAUACUUGCACCGGUAUGCAACAAAAUUGUCCAUCUCGCAGUUAUUCCGGCUUGUGGGAAUUAGUUAUAAAUCAAUUGGAAUUUGGCGAUUAUACUUGCAGUAUGAUUGAUAACUGUCCCGUUUAUUUAAAUGGAGACGAUAUUUAUCGUAUGCUAACCCACAAUUUUAAACGCCAUUAUUUGAGCAAUCGCGCGCCGUUUGGGUUAUACUUUCAUGCCCUUUGGUUUAAGAAAACAGAAUAUUUAAACGCUUUCCUAAAAUUUCUGGAUGAUUUAAAAAAAUUUCCGGACGUUUAUUUUGUAACUAAUCAACAAGCCAUACAGUGGAUGAGACAUCCAAUAGCUAGCAAUCAACUGCAUCAGAUUGAAUCCUGGAAUUGUAAGCCAAAAAAGUUGGAGCCCCAUGAGCUCGCUUGUCAAAUAGCGAACACUUGCAAGUUACGCAGUCGGGUCCUGCAACAAGAUCGUUAUUUUCACACGUGCAAAGAGUGCCCGGCGCAAUAUCCUUGGAUACGUAAUGAGUUCGGUUUAGAUUAAAAAAAAUAGGCUUAGUUAACCCAUUCGUCGUUAAUCCAUUCAUCACCUAUUUAAUCACGUUUCAUUUAAGGUUAAUUACU